GCGCCAAAUGUUGACAAUCAAAAUUGAACAUGUGUUGUUGUUGAUAGUGAACAAUUUAUUUAUAUUUUAAUUUGUUGAGUCAGUAUUUUUUAAAAUUGUUUUCAAUGUUAAUUUUGCAGAGCGUGCACAAUCUACUUUAAAAAAAGAUGAAUUCAUUAGACGAAACUCGUGAAGUAAGUUUAUUAUCCACUACCUCAAAUUGCAGUUAUCAUUAUUCCAACAGAAACGUGAAUUUGUGCUUCAGCGAGAUUUCAAUUGGUGGAGACCAUUUCCACAAGGGUGACCAUGUUCUGAUCAAAUCUGAUGGUGAUUAUGAAGUGGCAAAGUUAAUAUGUAUAUUCCUCACAUAUGAUGAAAUCACAGCUGCAGUUGUGAGAAAAUAUGUUUUCGCCAGAAAUGUUAAAUCCGCUUUUAAAAAACAGGGAUAUUUAAUGGAUGAGAAAAAUGAGGUGGUGGCUGAUGAAUCAAAUGAUUAUGUCAUAGACCUGAAUCAGAUAAUUAGAAAGUGCUGGUUAGUUUUGCUUCUAGAAGAUGAUGAUCCUAAUUACAUUAGAAUCAAUGACCUGGAUGAAAGUAGCAACUUCAUUCUUCGCUUCUCGUUGCUUUCGAAUAAACUUAUUCCAAUAUUGAGCGAAACAACAGUUCUGAGCGAAUCAUCACUAAAUAGUCCUAGCUCCAAAUUAAGAACAGUCCUAAGAAAGAGCCAGAGUAUGGACACUGAAAAUACACCUGAAGGCCUUGUCAAAGAUUCAAACAUUUCUAAUGCAGUUAAAGACAUCUCCACGCCGAAAAGGAACUCAGUUAAAAGAAAUCUCAAUAAAUCUUUCUGUAAUUCUCCACAGGAUAAUAACAAUUCUAUUCUGAAUUAUUCCAUAGUGAACAUAACUGAUGAUGAAAAUGAUAAACCUUUGGUUGUGAAGCUAAGAGUAUCCGAUAAAAAUAAUUCUAAAAAACUUGAAAGUAAGCUGGAAAACGAUGGUGAUAGCUCUCCCCAAGUUAGAAAAUCCAAAAGAAAUGUAGCCAGGCAGUCGUAUGCUGAUUAUAUUUCUCCUCAGAAAGGUACCCCAACAAAAAGACAACUUUUGAAAACUGGAGACAGUUCUGACGACGAACACUGUACUAGUAGCAAGACUAAAUUUUCCAAAAGCACUCCGUCGAGAAAUUUGAAAGGCAGUUCAAGAAAAAACACCAGGACAGAGUUGGAACUUUCAUCCAAGAGGAACAUUACAACUCCAAGGCAUUUCCUAGAUUAUGCAGUUUCACUCAAUGAGAGGAGCCCUAGGAUAACACCUGCCAGAAGGUCACUUCGGUUUCCUCAAGCUGAAGAAGCGAGCUCUCCGACCAGGAGUGUUAGGAGUAGGAGAGACAGGAGAAUUUCAUAUAACGAGGAUGACCUGGCAGCUUCAAAUACUACAUCAAGCCUUGAUGACUCUAUGAGGACUCGUAUUUUGAAAGUUAAACUCACUAAACUGGAUGCGGAAAGUGAGGAAUACAAUUUGGAGGAAAUUCGCAAUGAAGAUGGGGAAGACGGGGUUAAUGUAUCCGAAGGCAGAAACCAGGAGCAGAACAAUCUCGUCUUAAGAACCCCUCGCUCUAAAAGAAAACCGAAGAAAUUCUCAACCAGCAGCGAUGAAGAUUCCGACUUCACUGUUAGAACCCCAAAAUCUCGCAAAAAACACCCCGACUCCAAAAAUACCCCCAAGCCUUCGAGUCUUGAAAACAGGAGGAUCAAACAAACCCCGAGAAACACCACAAGACAGGCAUCUAAAGGUGUCGUCCCACAAACGCCAAAGACCCCCCGCUUACAAACCCCAAAAACUCCGGGGAGCAGGUUGAAGUUGAUUCGGGAAGGGGUCGUGACCCCUUCCAUGCAUGUCAGGAGCGAAAAAGUGGUAGGCGAUAGUACGCCGCUCAUGAAAGCGAGGAGUCAGCUGCACGUUUCGUACGUUCCUGAGUCUCUGCCAUGUCGGGAGAAGGAGUAUUGCGAUGUCUAUAACUUUAUAGAGGGGAAAUUGUUGGAUAGAUGUGGGGGAUGUAUGUACAUAUCUGGAGUUCCCGGUACAGGGAAAACUGCCACCGUGACUUCUGUUAUCAAUAAAUUGUCACAGACUGACGACGUUCCGGAAUUCACGUUUGUGAAUAUCAACGGAAUGAAAUUGACUGAACCGAGGCAGUCUUACGUAGAGAUUUUGAAGCAACUCACUGGAAAAACUGUUCCUUGGGAACAAGCCCAGAGCACUUUGGAAAAAAUGUUUACAAAAUCGAAAAAUGUCAAACCUAUCGUCAUGUUGAUAGAUGAGUUGGACAUACUGUGUACGAAACGUCAAGAUGUUGUAUAUAACUUACUAGAUUGGCCAACGAAAGCGAAAAACCAAUUAGUAGUUAUCACCAUAGCGAACACAAUGGACCUACCUGAGAGACUACUGAUGAGCAGGGUAACCAGCCGUCUAGGAUUGACGAGGUUGACUUUCCACGCUUACACUCACAAACAACUCCAAGAAAUAGUAACAAAGAGGCUUUUCGGUACAGACAGCUUCAAUCCUGAUGCAGUACAGUUUGUCUCAAGGAAAGUUGCUUCUGUGUCUGGCGAUGCACGAAGGGCAUUAGACAUUUGCCGCAGGGCUGCGGAAAUCGCAGAAAGGGAAGGCAAGGCCCAGAUGGUUAGCAUGGAUCAUGUGAAUCAGGCUCUGAACGCGAUGAUUACUCAACCCAAAAUCAGGGCUAUUAAAUCUUGUUCGAGACUGGAGCAGGUGAUUAUGCAGUCCAUUGUUGCUGAGGUGGGACGAACUGGCGUGGAGGAAACUACCUUUGCCGACGUGUUCAGAAUGUUCGAGACGUGUGCCGCCAUUGAAGGUUUUAGACGGGUAUCAAUCACUGUCGCUAUGUCGGCGGUGUAUAGGUUGAGCGCUUGCAGACUUAUUUUGACUGACCAAAAGUGUAGCGACAUUCACCAAAGGAUAAUCUUGAACGUAAGCGUAGACGACGUGCAUUAUGCACUGAAAUAAGACUAGGUCAUACAUUUUAAUUCAAUUUUGAAAAAUGUGAUGGAAUUUUAGUAUUGCUUCUGUAAUUUUCUACAGGAGUGAACUUUUCUUUUUUUAAGGUUUUAUAUUUAUUUGUCAGUCUUGUUUUUAAUUGUUUCAUACUCGGAAUAUGUUUUGAUAUUUUGUCCAAUGUUUUAGUCAACUCAUGAAAUAUGUUUUAAUAUUUUGUUCAUUAUUUUAUGGGAUAUCUUGAAUUUGUUCUUUAUAGAUUUUUAAUAGCCGUAUCGACCCUAUUUUUAAAUUUAUAUAGUUUUAAGGACUAGAACUUGUUUUAAAAAUGUUUUGAGAAGACUGUUGUUGAGAUAAGAUUUUAAAAACGAAGAAGUUAAUUUUGAAAUAAAAACCACUAUUACGAAAGA